GACCCCCCACCCCAUGCUGAAGAUUAAUAAAUAUGAUGCGGAAAUUCCUUCGAGGUGCUAUAUAAAUCGGAAAGUUCGGGCAAGAGCAACAAGAACAAACAGCAAACGGAGAGGCGAGACAUCAGCAAGACACGCGUGACUCUCCAGCAUGUCCUCUAUGAAGAAUCUCCAGCUCUUGCUGGCCGUCCUGCUCCCUCUGGCCGCCCUCGGUAACCUGCUGCCGGGCUACAGCGCUCCAGGAGACGUGCCCGAAAUUUCAGGAGAAGAGCUGCAGGACUCAACCGGAGCUUUCGAGCACCACAAGUGGCUCUCUAUCGCGAGAAUCCUGCAUCGAGACAUCACGAGACUGCGCGACGAGCAGUUUCAAAGGGACUUCGGGGAACCAGUGGCGAAUAUGACGAAUUACGCCAGCGUGAGGAGCAAGACGCCUCUCAUCAGCCCAUCUGAUGGAUGCUAUUCAAAGAACUUUAGUGCACAAAGAUGCCUGAGGCGGAUUUAUGCUGGUUUAAGCACAUACAGAGAGUACCUGAGCAAAGUGGAGAGAGAGAACCUGACUGCAGCUCAGGUCACCGACAUCAAACUGCGGACCACCAGCUUACUGAAUAUAAUCAAAGAAAAGGUGGAUGACGCUCCGAUCCAGCCGCACUCCGUCAGCGAGUUACCUGAUGGUUCUGCAUGGACACAGAGGACGGUCACGCAUUCCAUUCUGUACAAUUUAGAAGUGUUUCUGAAGGAAACAAGCAGAGCAAUCAAUUUCAUAAACAAGAAAUUAGGGAAUCACAUCAGGAAGGAAAUCAAAGAGUCCAAGUGGCCCUCAGAGAAGCAUUCGCAGGAGUAGAGUAACAUGAACAUGUUUUUGUUUUUAUAGGAAAAACAACAGUAAGAGUUAUUUAUUUAUCUGGUCACAUAUUUAUUUAUUUAUUUAUCUAUCUGUCUAUU